CUUUGAAAAGUUGGAUCUGCUGGCCCGGCCAAUUUGAGACUUCCCUGUCUGCUUCAGCAGUACAGUUACAUACCAAUUACAGUACUUGUAUAGCUGUAGUUAUAUUCUUCUUUGGGAGAUCUGGAAAUAUGAGCAAAAAGAAACUAAGACGAGUGGGUUUAUCACAAGAGCUAUGCGACCGUUUGAGCAGAUAUCAGAUUGUUAACUGUCAGGACUUUUUGUGUCUCUCCCCACUGGAACUUAUGAAAGUGACUGGCCUGAGUUAUGGAGGUGUCCACGAACUUCUGCAUACAGUCAGCAAGGCCUGUGCUCCACAGAUGCAAACGGCUUAUGAGAUAAAGACACGGAGGUCUGCGAAUCUCUCACCUGCGUUCCUGUCUACCACCCUUUCUGCUUUGGAUGAAGCUCUGCAUGGUGGUGUUGCUUGUGGAUCUCUCACAGAGAUUACAGGUCCACCAGGUUGCGGAAAAACCCAGUUUUGUAUAAUGAUGAGUGUUUUAGCUACAUUACCCACCAACAUGGGAGGAUUAGAAGGGGCUGUUGUGUAUAUUGACACGGAGUCUGCAUUUACUGCUGAAAGACUGAUCGAGAUAGCAGAAUCCCGUUUCCCACACUAUUUUAACACUGAGGAAAGGUUGCUUCUCACCAGCAGUAGAGUUCAUCUUUGCCGGGAACUCACCUGCGAGGGACUUCUGCAAAGGCUUGACUCUUUGGAGGAAGAGAUUAUUUCAAAAGGAGUUAAGCUUGUGAUUGUGGACUCCAUUGCUUCUGUGGUCAGAAAGGAGUUUGAUCCGCAGCUUCAAGGCAACAUCAAAGAAAGGAACAAGUUCUUGGCCAAGGAGGCAUCCUUAUUGAAGUACCUGGCUGAGGAAUUUUCCAUCCCAGUAAUCGUGUUUGGGGAGCAUGUGACGCAUGUGUGUGGUGUGCUACCGUCUCAGGCUGAAAUGGUGAAAUCUGCUGAUGACACCAGACUAUCAGAGGGUACUUCUGGAUCCAGCUGUGUGGUAGCUGCGCUAGGAAACUCAUGGGGUCACUGUGUGAACACUCGGCUGAUUCUCCAGUACCUCGAUUCAGAGAGAAGGCAGGUUCUCAUUGCCAAGUCCCCUCUGGCGCCCUUCACCUCCUUUGUCUACACCAUCAAGGGAGAAGGCCUGGUUCUUCAAGGCCAAGAAAGGCCAUAGAGAUACUGUGACCUUUGUCCAGAGCUGAUGGGGGUGUGAUUUGUGAAAUGAAACAGGAUGGUGCUGCUUGGAAAAAGGAAAACGGAAGCCGACAUAAUGAGGAUUAAUUGGUUGAUUGCUGUUGAGAUGGUAACAGUGAUUUCAGACCCAGAAGGGAAGGUGAAGAUGAAGAAGCCUUUGUCCUGAUUCUAGAUGCAGAGUCUGGCGAGGGGCUCCACCGCCCUGGGAUGUCAGCAGCCAUAAGAAUAAUUUGCACUUACAUAGCACCUUUCAACCAUGUACCUCAAAGCGGUUUAGCCACAUUAAUUAAUUAAAGCCCACAAUCCCCCUGGGGAGAGGAGGAGGAGGGCUAACAAGAUUUGUAAUUACAGAAGGGAACAUUUCCGAAUAAAGUAUUGUCCGGAGAAUAAAAAGAAAAGGUGUACAAAGAA